ACAGGGUUUUGCUAUGUUGCCCAGGCUGGACUUGAACUCUUGGCCUCAGACAAUCUUCCUGCCUCGGCCUCCCAUAGUGCUAGGAUUACAGAAGCAACAGCUCAUUUUGUUAUUUAUUUUUUGAGAUGGGGUCUUGCUCUGCCACCCAGGCUGAAGUGCAAUGGCACGACUUUAGGUCACUGCAACCUCCAAAUCCUGGGCUCAAACGAUCCUCCCAACUCAGCCUCCUAAGUAGCUGGGACUACAGUCAUGUGCUACCAUGCCUGGCUAGUUUGUAUUCUUUUUUUUUAAUUGUAUUUGUUGAUCAUUCUUAGGUGUUUCUCGGAGAGGGGGAUGUGGCAGGGUCAUAGGAUAAUAGUGGAGAGAAGGUCAGCAGAUAAACACGUGAACAAAGGUCUCUGGUUUUCCUAGGCAGAGGUCCCUGCGGCCUUCCGCAGUGUUUGUGUCCCUGGGUACUUGAGAUUAGGGAGUGGUGAUGACUCUUAACGAGCAUGCUGCCUUCAAGCAUCUGUUUAACAAAGCAUAUCUUGCACCGCUCUUAAUCCAUUUAACCCUGAGUUGACACAGCACAGGGGUUGGGGGUAAGGUUAUAGAUUAACAGCAUCCCAAGGCAGAAGAAUUUCUUCUUAGUACAGAACAAAAUGGAGUCUCCUAUGUCUACUUCUUAAUACACAGACACAGUAACAAUCUGAUCUCUCUUUCUUUUCCCAUUUCCCCCUUUUCUUUUCGACAAAACUGCCAUCGUCAUCAUGGCCCGUUCUCGAUGGUCGCUGUCUCUUCGGAGCUGUUGGGUACACCUCCCAGACGGGGUGGCCGGGCAGAGGCGCUCCUCACUUCCCCGACGGGGCCGCCCGGGCAGAGGCGCUCCUCGCUUCCCAGACGGGGCCGCCCGGGCAGAGGCGCUCCUCAGUUCCUCCCAGACCGGGUGGCAGCCAGGCAGAGGCGCUCCUCACCUCCCAGACGGGGCGGCCGGGCAGAGGCGCUCCUCACCUCCCAGACGGGGCGGCCGGGCAGAGGCGCUCCCCACCUCCCAGACGGGGCGGCCGGGCAGAGGCACUCCUCACUUUCCAGACAGGGCGGCCGGGCAGAGGCGCUCCUCACCUCCCAGACAGGGCGACCGGGCAGAGGCGCUCCCCACUUCCCAGACGGGGCGGCUGCUGGGCAGAGGCGCUCCUCACUUCCCAGACGGGGCGGCCGGGCAGAGACGCUCCCCACUUCCCAGACGGGGCGGCUGCUGGGCAGAGGCGCUCCUCACUUCCCAGACCGGGCGGCCGGGCAGAGACGCUCCUCACCUCCCAGACCGGGUGGCGGCCGGGCAGAGGCGCUCCUCACAGCCCAGACGAUGGGCGGCCGGGCAGAGACGCUCCUCACCUCCUAGACCGGGUGGCGGCAGGGCAGAGGCGCUCCUCACUUCGCAGAUGGGGUGGCCAGGCAGAGGGGCUCCUCACAUCCCAGACGAUGGGCGGCCAGGCAGAGACGCUCCUCACCUCCCAGACGGGGUGGCGACCGGGCAGAGGCUGUAAUCUUAGCACUUUGGGAGGCCAAGGCAGGCGGCCGGGAGGUGGAGGUUGUAGCGAUCCGAGAUCACGCCAGUGCACUCCAGCCUGCAAUCCCAGGCACUCGGCGGGCUGAGGCAGGAGAAUCACGGGAGCCCGAGGCAGAGAGGUUGCAGCGAGCGGAGAUCAAGGCAGUACAGUCCAGCCUUGGCAACAGAGGGAGAAGAAAAGAAAAGAAAAGAAAGAAAGAAAGAAGGAAAGAAAGAAAGAAGGAAGGAAAGAAGGGAGGGAGGGAAGGAAGGAAGGAAGCCUUUUAUACUAUUUUUUAUAAUAAACUGGCAAUAGUAAGUAAAGUGUUUUCCUGAAAAACAAACUGGAAACAACUGUUUAGCAACAAGAAACUGCCUGACCAGGUAGAAGGACAUGGUAGUUCUGUAUGUAUUGAUAUGGAAUAUAGUCAGAGAUAAAUUGUUUAGGAAAGUGAAAAGCAAGUUGCAAAAGAACCCACAGUAUGAUGUCAUUUAUGUUGUUAAAAACGCCACAAUGAUGUGUGUGUGCACACUGAAUAAAAGAAAAUUCUGGAAAGAAGCUAACGGCCAGCAGUGUCACAAAGGGGAUAGGUAGUUUAUUUAUGUGUGUGUGCAAAGUUUCGUAUUGUAAGAAUUUGCUACAGCCUGUGUUAUUAGCUUUAUAAUGAAAUAGAAACUGAAAAAGUUUAAUUAUUCUCAAUUCAGUUUAGGUUCUGUCUGUGGAAAACUUUCCUGGAUUCCCCAGCCCCCACUCCCCGCCCCAUCUUACCACCCCCUCUGCCAUCUCUGAGUCUCAAUUUUCUUUUCUGUAAGGAUUUUCAUCAUUUAACCUUAUUUCUUCUGAAUGCACUAAAUGGUAGUUAUCCUAGCACUUACGAGGAUGUCGGAAACAUGGUUCAUUGUCUGACCCUUCCGACUCUGACUAGUUUGAGUACAUUUUGGGGGGAAUGUAGGAGUCAGGGGAAGAGGAGUUCCAAAAAGAGACUACUAGAGGGUGCAGCUGUCCAGGAAGAGACUCCUGGAGAGAGCAAAGAGCGUCCGACGUUUUUCUCGAGAGGCGCCGAAGUUUUCCGGAAAGAGACGACCAACUGAGAAGUGGGCCCCCCCCAAAGCCGGCUGCGAAAGCCACCGAAGAUUUCCGGAGAGCCAACGAGUCGGCAAGAGCCACUUACCGAGAGUUGCCGAACGUGUACGGAGAUAGCCGAAUAGGUGGAAGGCGGGGCCACAAGAGCGCUUCCCGCAGGGAACCUAAGGCUUCAGAGAGCCGAAAGGUUGGGAGGCGUAACCACUUACAGGCCGGAAGUGUCCGGGGUGGACGCAUUCGGGUAGCCGAAGAAGGCCCAGGAUUUCCGAAGCGAGCCGAAGCAUCGCGACAGUUUUCAGCGAUAGCUGAUCGGUCGGAGCUGUUGCGCGGAACACAGUCAUGGCGGCGGCCAGAGCUAGUACGUUGGACGAUGGCGAGGAGCCCUCGCCGGAGGCUGAGGCUCUGGCCGCGGCCCGGGAGCGGAGCAGCCGCUUCUUGAGCGGCCUGGAGCUGGUGAAGCAGGGUGCCGAGGCGCGCGUGUUCCGUGGCCGCUUCCAGGGCCGCGCGGCGGUGAUCAAGCACCGCUUCCCCAAGGGCUACCGGCACCCGGCGCUGGAGGCGCGGCUUGGCCGGCGGCGGACGGUGCAGGAGGCCCGGGCGCUUCUCCGCUGCCGCCGCGCUGGAAUAUCUGCCCCAGUUGUCUUUUUUGUGGACUAUGCUUCCAACUGCUUAUAUAUGGAAGAAAUUGAAGGCUCAGUGACUGUUCGAGAUUAUAUUCAGUCCACUAUGGAGACUGAAAAAACUCCCCAAGGUCUCUCCAACUUAGCCAAGACAAUGGGGCAGGUUUUGGCUCGAAUGCACGAUGAAGACCUCAUUCAUGGUGAUCUCACCACCUCCAACAUGCUCCUGAAACCCCCCCUGGAACAGCUGAACAUUGUGCUCAUAGACUUUGGGCUGAGUUUCGUUUCAGCACUUCCAGAGGAUAAGGGAGUAGACCUCUAUGUCCUGGAGAAGGCCUUCCUCAGUACCCAUCCCAACACUGAAACUAUGUUUGAAGCCUUUCUGAAGAGCUACUCCACCUCCUCCAAAAAGGCCAGGCCAGUGCUAAAAAAAUUAGAUGAAGUGCGCCUGAGAGGAAGAAAGAGGUCCAUGGUUGGGUAGAAGAAUGUGUAUGACAACCACACACAGUGAAGCUCUUUUUUCAAAGUAAAUUUGAAGAAAUGCUACAAGUAUGAGAUGAGAUCUAAGUAAAGGUGUUAAGAUAUUUUUAAGUGGCAUGUGAUCGUGCCUGUGGUGUCAUUAUCAUCUGCACUUCACUCAAGAGCUUACUAUGUGUCUUAAGUUGUGUUCUAGGCAGAAUUGGGUAUUUAAAGUAAAUCGAGCACCGGCUUCUCCCAGAUUGUGACAUGUAUAUCUCAGAUACAUGGGUGUGGCAUCGAACCACAUAAUGAGAACAUUAUUCUCUUUUUAGUCCUUGUGAGACAAGGAUGAAGUCUCAGUUGCUGAUACUCACUGAGCUUACUGGCCCUCUAACCCAGUGUUUUUUUGUUGUUGUUGUUGUGUACAUGAUAUAUUAAUUUUGAAACCAGUUUAAUGGGAUACAACCAGCAUUUUUAAAAAUGAAAUAGAAUUACAGCAUAGAAAAUAUCAGUGUAUUGUUUUAUGAAACUUUCACAUGUAUAUAUAGACCAAGAAUAUGUACUGAGUUUUGAUGUCAAAUAUAUGUCUCUUUCAGGGUCAUGAUCAAAAAAUGAAAAAUCUGCUUAACUCCAAUUUCUCUUUUAAAAAAGCAGACUUACAGCUUUCAGGCAACUGAAAUUCAAGUUAACAUUGUUUUUAUUUUUAUUGCUUUAUAUUUUUGUGGUUACCUUCUAAGACAAGGGAUUGAUACAAAGUUCCUUUUAAGUUUAUACCGGUAAACAAACUGAGUUGAUUUCUAUCACAGGCAGUAAGUAGGUAGAGCAAAAAUGGUGAAGUGACUUGUGAAGACUGAAAUUUGAUGAAGUCUGGUUUAAGGCACAGGUAAACUGAGUGUGGAUGCAAAAGUACCAGGAGCUAGCUUUUAACCUUGCCCAGCCUCAAUUUCUUUUCUUAGAAGAAGCUAUGUGUGGGUGGGAAGGGAAGAGAGGGAUAAUAAAAUACCCUUCUUCCUUGUAAACUCCAAUCAACAAACAUAUUUUGAGUGCCUUUUAUGUUCCUUGGCACCCUGUUGGGUAUUGGGUACAAUGGUGAGCCAGACAGACACAGUGCCUGUCCUUUUGUAAGAAUAUUUAUUUUUAUAAAAAAGUAUAAAUUAUACAGUGGGAUGUUUUGAUAUACAUUAUGAAAUGAUUGCUACAGCCGAGCUAAUCAACACCCAUCACCUCACAUAGUUACUGUCUUGUUUCUUAAUAUGGACAUUUACAGCUAUGAAUUUCCCUCUGCACACUGCUUUCAUCACACACUCUCAGUAUUGGUAUUUUGUGUUUUUGUUUACAUUCAUCUCAAAGUAUUUUCUAAUUUCCCUUGUGAUUUCUUCUUUGACCCCUUGAUUGUUUAGAAAUCUGUUAAUUUCCACACGUUUGUAAAUGUUCCAAUUUUUCUUUUGUUAUUCCUAGCUUCAUUCCAUUGUGUUCAGAGGUGAUACAGUCAGUGCCUGUUCUUAUGAAGCAAACAUUCUAUAAUAGUAGGACCAGUACCUUGUCUGUUUCAUUCACCACAGUCAGCAUGCCCCAAGUGCCCAGCAUGGGGUGGAUGGCCAGGAAUGAGUGAAAACUUCUCUUCCUGGGUAGUUGUGACUAGUAGAGAGGAAAAAUAAUAUAAUUGUCUGCUUACUGCAUGUCAGGCAUUGGGCUAGGAAUUUUUAUAUUGGAUCUAAAAUAACUCUUAAGUUACGCAUUAUCCCCAUUUUAUAGAUGGAGAAACUGGCCCCAAAAGGUGGGAACUUGUCCAAGACGUCACAGGUAGCAAGAGGUACUUUUACCUGGCUCCAAAUCUGUGUUCUUUCCACUGACAAAUGAGAUAUGGGAUAUGGUGCAUCUUUGCAGCACUAUAAUAAGUAUUGGCGUAUAACAUUAUUUUCAAGGAACUCCAAGGGCCACAGGAGCUGACAGGUUUUUCAGUUAAUAUUCCCAGCAUGAAUGAGAUGCCUCAUUCCUCAGUUUCCUCACAUGUACUAUAAGGCUAGUACCUACUUUGUUGAGGUAUGGUUGGCUUGUGUGCAUUGUCAACAAAUCCCUAGUUGAUAGGGUUUGGCUGUGUCCGCACCCAAAUCUCAUCUUGAAUUGUUCCCGUAAUCCCCACGUGACAUGGGAGGGACCCAGUGGGAGGUAAUUUAAUCCUGGGGGCGGCUACCUCUGUGCUGUUCUUGUGAUAGUGAGUGAGUUCUCACGAGAUCUGAUGGUUUUAUAAGGGGCUUUUCCCUCUUUUGUUCGGCACUUCCUGCUGCCACGUGAAGAAGGAUGUGUUUGUUUCCCCAUCUGCCAUGAUUGUAAGUUUUCUGAGGCAUCCCCAGCCAUGCUGAACUGUGAGUUAUUAAACUUUUCCUUUAUAAAUUA